AUGUUGAAAUGGUCUUUUGGCACAACCAGUAAGGCUCUCAGGUUGAAAUGGUCUUCUGGCACAACCAGUGAGGAUCUCAGGUUGAAAUGGUCUUCUGGCACAACCAGUAAGGAUCUCAGGUUGAAAUUGUCUUUUGGUACAACCAGAUCUAGGUUGAAAUGGUCUUCUGGCACAACCAGUAAGGAUCUCAGGUUGAAAUGGUCUUCUGGCACAACCAGUAAGGAUCUCAGGUUGAAAUGGUCUUCUGGCACAACCAGUAAGGAUCUCAGGUUGAAAUGGUCUUCUAGUACAACCAGUAAGGAUCUCAGGUUGAAAUGGUCUUCUGGCACAACCAGUAAGGAUCUCAGGUUGAAAUGGUCUUCUGGCACAACCAGUAAGGAUCUCAGGUUGAAAUGGUCUUCUGGCACAACCGGUAAGGAUCUCAGGUUGAAAUGGUCUUCUGGCACAACCAGUAAGGAUCUCAGGUUGAAAUGGUCUUCUGGCACAACCAGUAAGGAUCUCAGGUUGAAAUGGUCUUCCGGCACAACCAGUAAGGAUCUCAGGUUGAAAUUGUCUUCUGGUACAACCAGUAAGGAUCUCAGGUUGAAAUGGUCUUCUGGCACAACCAGUAAGGAUCUCAGGUUGAAAUGGUCUUCUGGCACAACCAGAUCUCAGGUUGAAAUGGUCUUCUGGCACAACCAGUAA